GCCCGGCGCCUCUCCAGCCCUACCUCCAUCUACCCCUUCCUCCCUGCCCCUUCACCUCCGGCAAGCCGCCGCCGCCGCUCGAAGAGGCCGAAGGGAUCCUACCGCUCCAUCGCCGUGACCUGCUUCUGCUUCAGAGAUGGCGACGUCGGCGCUGCUCCGGGCUCUGAGGCGCCCCCCGUCGGUGGCCGUGCUGCGAUUGACAACGAGUGGCAAUGCGCAAGCUCUUUCCGGCUAUAGGCAUUUGAACAAUCGGAAUCUAAGUGUUUUCAACGAGUUCUCAAAGCAGCUCAAGGGUGAGGCUAACAGUAAUCCUGAAUUCCAGAAAUCCAUGAAGGAGUUCAGUGAGAAACUUGGUGUGGUCAAGGAAGAUCUCAAAGUGAGAACUAAGAAAACAGCUGAGACAGUUUCCAAGAGCGUUGACGAUGUUUUGGCUGAAGCCGAGGCGACAUCUAAAAAGGUUACUGCGAAUGUUAAGGAAAAAAUAUCUGCUGCUACAGAAGAGGUGAAGGAAAGCUUUGGACUUGGAAAAGAAGAAACUUCAAGCUUCACAGAAGGUUCAGCUGGAACUUCAAAACACGGGAAAACUGAGGCGUCCUCACAUUCAGAUGACAAAUCCCAAGAUGCCACAAGUAGCUAUAUACUGUUUAAUAAACUGAGGUCAACAUUGUCAGCGGCUUCACCAGUUGUAUCCGGUGCAUUUGCAAAAUUACGGGACACGAGAGUCUCAACUUUAGCUAAGCAGGGAUAUGAAAUUGUCAAAGAUGAGCUAAGCUCUGGCUCUAGCAGAAAGAAGAAAAAUCUUGCCAGGCGUGCUUCUGCUGCUGUAGAGAAGAGCACGAGAACUGAAAUAGUUUUUGUACCAACAAAGAAGUCAGUAUUGGGUGAAAAAUGGGAAGCACUCAAGAAUAAGAUGCAAGGUCAUCCAGUCUACAAGAGAGUGAAUAAGUACACCAAACCUGUUGUAACCAAGGGACAAGAGGUAGCUGAGGAUGUCCGAGAAAGAUGGGAGACAAGUGACCAUCCAGUAGUUCAGAAAAUUCAAGAUAUUAAUGAAACUAUUUUUGAAGAGACCGCUACUGCAGAAUCUUUCAAGGAAAUUCGGCGACGAGACCCAUCCUUUUCAUUAUCUGAUUUUCUUGGUGAUGUCCAAGACAUGAUCAAGCCUGUUCUUACUGGAUAUUCAAAGGGUGAUGUGAAGACUUUAAAAAAGUAUUGCACCAAGGAAAUGCUUGAACGCUGCACAGGAGAGAGGAACGCAUAUGCAGCACAAGGCAUGUUUUUUGACCACAAAAUUCUGCACAUUUCAGAUGCUGAUGUAAGGGAAACAAAGAUGUUGGGAUCUGCACCCAUCAUUGUGGUAGUGUUCCAAACGCAGGAGAUUCAUUGUAUUCGUGAUAGAGAAGGAGAGGUAACUGAAGGAGGACAGGAUACCAUCCGGACUGUCUAUUAUCAGUGGGCGAUGCAACUCAUGGAUAGCGACGAGGUGCCAGAAGAAGAAUCGUAUUACGCAGUUUGGCGGUUGCGUGACAUGCAGGCUAUGGGAGUCAAAGCUCUUAUAUAGGAGUAGGUCUUCUUUCGCUUGACUCUUCAUUCGGAUCAGUCACCGCCACUGGGGGCACUGCUAUCGGAAUGGGAGAACCUAACCGUUCCAACUUUCACCACUCAGACAGACUAUGCCACUGCAUCUCUCAGUGCAAGAAAUUUUCCGCAGAAAUUUUCUUCAGUUUGUAGCCGUCCCAGUCUCCCCUCGCAUUAUUUUCAGUGAUGUGUAGCUUAAUGGGUAUGUUUUGCGCAAAACCAGCUCCUUUUUGACAUGUUGGUUGAAAAACGAUGGUUUGGAAAAGGAAUGCACCGGAAGGGUCUUACAGCGCUGUAUCCAGGUAGCAAUAAUUUGUGAAUGAAAGCAGCCACAGUUUUUUUUUGCAA